CACCUGCACGACCCAACCAGGGCCAGGGACAAACUGCAACUGAGACUGCCCUGAGGAAGUUAAGAAGCCCCAUUGCUUCCAAAGCAUUACAAAAUCAUGAGCUACACCAAAGGCAUGGUGACUGUCAGAAUAAAUAUUGCCUAUUUGAUCUUUGGCCAAUUGACAAGCUCUGGUUAGAGCAAUUAAUUCAGCUUGCUGGGCAGGUCUUAUUUCAGAAAUGCUGCAGUGAGCAUUGGAUCAUUUUGAUGAUACUUAAGCUGUCGAGACAAUCCUGAAUAGUGUUUGAAAGUUUUUUCAAAACGUUUUUAAAAAAGUCAUUUUACCAUAUUUGGUAAGGAGCUGAGGCAAAUAAAAUACCUGUUGUUCAGUCUCUCCAGUCUUUAAACAAGCACCAUCAACUUUGUUGUGGAUAAUAAGUGUAAGUGAGUAAAUAAAUUUUGUGUACCAGUGCUGUGGAAAAGAUGGCUGAUAUUAGCUUCAAGGAAAUCACCUUAAUAGUAGGUGUGGUUACUGCCUGCUAUUGGAACAGCCUCUUUUGUGGUUUUGUUUUUGAUGAUGUUUCAGCAAUACUGGAUAAUAAAGACCUUCAUCCAUCCACACCUUUAAAAACUUUAUUUCAGAAUGAUUUCUGGGGAACCCCUAUGUCUGAGGAGAGAAGCCACAAGUCUUAUCGUCCCUUAACAGUAUUGACAUUUCGCCUAAAUUAUCUGUUUAGUGAACUAAAACCAAUGUCAUACCAUCUCCUAAAUAUGAUUUUACAUGCUGUGGUCAGUGUAAUAUUUCUUAAAGUCUGCAAACUUUUUCUGGACAAUAGAAGUAGUGUGAUUUCUUCCUUACUCUUUGCAGUACACCCAAUACACACAGAAGCAGUAACAGGUGUUGUAGGAAGAGCAGAACUUUUGUCAUCUAUCUUUUUUCUAGCUGCGUUUUUGUCAUAUACCAAAUCGAAAGGACCGAAUAAUUCCAUAGUGUGGACUCCAAUUGCAUUGACAGUGUUUUUAAUGGCUGUUGCAACAUUGUGUAAAGAACAAGGAAUAACAGUUGUGGGAAUUUGCUGUGUGUAUGAAGUAUUUAUUGCCCAGGGGUAUACUUUACCAUUAUUAUGUACUACUGCUGGACAGUUUCUUCGGGGAAAGGGUAGUAUUCCAUUUUCUAUGCUGCAGACAUUAAUAAAACUCAUUGUUUUGAUGUUCAGUACACUAUUACUUGUUGUGAUUAGAGUCCAGGUUAUUCAGUCCCAACUUCCAGUAUUCACCAGGUUUGAUAACCCAGCAGCUGUAAGCCCAACUCCUACAAGGCAGCUAACUUUUAACUACCUCCUCCCUGUGAAUGCUUGGCUUCUAUUAAAUCCUUCAGAGCUCUGCUGUGAUUGGACCAUGGGAACAAUACCACUUAUAGAAUCAUUUCUAGAUAUUAGAAAUGUUGCCACAUUUGCUUUCUUUUGUCUUUUGGGGGCUUUGGGAGUAUUCAGUCUCAGAUACCCCAGUGAUUCCUCCAAAACUGUUUUAAUGGCACUUUGUUUAAUGGCAUUACCAUUUAUUCCUGCAUCGAACCUUUUUUUUCCAGUUGGAUUUGUUGUUGCUGAGCGAGUAUUAUAUGUUCCUAGCAUGGGGUUCUGUAUUUUGGUAGCCCAUGGAUGGCACAAAAUAUCAAAUAAAAGUAUAUUUAAAAAGUUAUCCUGGAUUUGUCUUUCUUUGGUGGUAUUCACUCAUGCUUUAAAAACACUCCACAGAAAUUGGGAUUGGGAGUCUGAAUAUACGUUGUUUAUGUCAGCCUUGAAGGUAAAUAAAAAUAAUGCCAAAUUAUGGAAUAAUGUGGGCCAUGCUCUGGAAAAUGAAAAGAACUUUGAGAGAGCUUUGAAAUACUUCCUACAAGCUACCCAUGUUCAGCCAGAUGAUAUUGGUGCCCACAUGAAUGUAGGAAGAACUUAUAAAAAUUUAAAUAGAACCAAAGAAGCUGAAGAAUCUUACAUGAUGGCUAAGUCACUGAUGCCUCAAAUUAUUCCUGGUAAAAAAUAUGCAGCCAGAAUUGCCCCUAACCACCUAAAUGUUUAUAUUAAUCUGGCCAACCUGAUCCGAGCUAAUGAGUCCCGACUGGAAGAAGCAGAUCAGCUGUAUCGACAAGCGAUAAGCAUGAGACCUGACUUCAAGCAGGCUUACAUUAGCAGAGGAGAAUUGCUUUUAAAAAUGAAUAAACCUUUGAAAGCAAAAGAAGCAUAUCUUAAAGCACUAGAAUUGGACAGAAAUAAUGCAGAUCUUUGGUACAACUUGGCGAUUGUGCAUAUUGAACUUAAAGAACCAAAUGAAGCUCUAAAAAACUUUAACCGUGCUUUAGAACUAAAUCCAAAGCAUAAGCUAGCAUUAUUUAAUUCCGCUAUAUUAAUGCAAGAAUCAGGUGAGGUUAAACUCAGACCUGAAGCUAGAAAACGACUUCUAAGUUACAUAAACGAAGAGCCACAAGACGCGAAUGGUUACUUCAACCUGGGAAUGCUCGCCAUGGAUGACAAAAAGGACACGGAAGCAGAGAUGUGGAUGAAGAAAGCCAUAAAAUUACAAGCCGACUUCAGAAGUGCUUUAUUUAAUUUGGCUCUGCUGUAUUCUCAGACUGCAAAGGAAUUAAUGGCUUUGCCAGUUUUAGAGGAGUUACUUAGAUACUAUCCUGAUCAUAUCAAGGGUCUCAUUUUAAAGGGAGACAUUCUGAUGAAUCAAAAGAAAGAUAUACUUGGAGCCAAAAAAUGUUUUGAAAAGAUUCUGGAGAUGGAUCCAAGCAAUGUGCAAGGAAAGCACAAUCUUUGUGUUGUUUAUUUUGAAGAGAAAGACUUACUAAAAGCUGAAAGAUGCCUGGUCGAAACAUUGGCGUUAGCACCACACGAAGAAUAUAUCCAGCGCCAUUUGAAUAUAGUCAGGGAUAAAAUUUCCUCAUCUAGUUUAAUAGAACAACCAAUAUUCCCAAUUAGUAAGACUUCAGGUGUACACGGAGACAAAAUUCCAGCAGGGAAUGUAAGAGAAAUAAGAAGUGAAUCCAGACCCACACAGAUAAUAAAAACAAGUGAUAAUAAAAGUCAGUCUAAACCCAGCAAACCAUUAGGAAAAAAUACAGACACAGAGACCCCUCACAAAACAACAAAAGAAAUCAAAGAAAUUGAGAAGAAAAGAGUUGCUGCUUUAAAAAGACUGGAAGAGAUUGAACGUAUUUUAAAUGGUGAAUAGCAUUACUCUAUUAUGUGGCGGUGGUUUCAAAGAACUUUGAAUCCAUAUCAUUUGGUUACUUAUGACAAUAGCAAGAUUUGUAACAGUCUAUCAUGAGCUGCCUCUACAUAGGAUCAAAAUGAGAUUUUUAUUAAAGACCUGUCUUACCC